AUGUUGCUAGAGACUUUGUUGAAGCAAGAAGAAGAUCAAGAUCAAGAUGAAGGUGCUUGGAAUCUUGCAAUGGCAGGAGGAACCUGUCUUGGUUUAGUUGCAAGAACAGUAGGGAAUGAUAUUGUUCCACUUGUGAUGCCUUUCAUUGAAGAAAACAUAACAAAACCAGAUUGGAGACAAAGGGAAGGAGCUACUUAUGCUUUUGGAUCCAUCUUGGAAGGUCCUUCACCCAAUCAGUUGACUCCUUUAGUCAAUGUUGCUCUAAAUUUCAUGCUCACAGCUUUGACCAAAGACCCAGCAACCAUGUAA